AUGCCUAUUGAUGUCAAGCCAGGUCCGGAAGGAGAAGAUCCAGUGAUCAACCUACCACCAGACACUACAAGCACCACGGAAACGUCGUCAGAAACCACAGGUACUUCUGAAGGCGGCUCAGGAGGAGGUCAAGUCAGCUUCUCCGCUGGAGGAGCGAACUGA